AAAAAAGGUAGGAAGCUUAUAAAAAAUAAAAAUAAAUACUUAUAUAAUAAAAAGCCUUUUUUACUUUUUUUUUUCUUUAAGGCUUACUUAAGUAAAAGCUUUUUAAUAGUAGAAUUUAAGUUAGAAUUUAAAGUAGAAUUUAAGGUAAAAUUUAAGUUAAAAUUUAAGUUAAAAUUUAAGGCAGAAUUUAAGGCAGGUAAAGAAUUUAAGUUAGAAUUUAAAAAUUUAGAAUUUAAGGCAGAAUUUAAGUUUAGUAAAGAAUUUAAAGUAAAAUUUAAAGUAAAAUUUAAGGUAGGUAAAGAAUUUAAGGCAGAAUUUAAGUUAAGUAAAGAAUUUAUAUUUAGUAAAGAAUUUAAGGUAGAAUUUAAGGUAAAAUUUAAGUUAGAAUUUAAGUUAGAAUUUAAGGUAAAAUUUAAGUUUAAAUUUAAGUUAGAAUUUAAGUUAGGUAAAGAAUUUAAGUUAGAAUUUAGGUUUAGUAAAGAAUUUAAGUUUAAAUUUAAGGUAUUUUUUAUUAACUUACUAAAAGGGGCUAAUUAA